GUUGACAAAUUUAAUCAACAGUGUUUACAUAGUAAUUCAGAGAUGGUCUUCUCAAAGGUUGAUAUAGUGGUAUUAAUUGGACUGUUGCUGUUAGUUGUGUCUGGUGUUGAUAGCUCAACAUCAACAGCAGUACCUGGAUCAAAAACUGUCAGUAAUUCUCCAUCAACAACAAACAAGCCAACCCCAGUCUCUGACAGUAGUAAAGGAAACACUUCCAUUAGCAAAUCUUUGCCAACAACUACAGGAAAACCACCAUCUACAGCAACUUCUCAUACAAAUACUCCACAGCAGUCUGGAGUCACAAAGUCUCCUUCCACGGGACCUAACGUAACUUCAAGUAAAACAAAUACAUUAAAGCCAGUAACAAGUUCACCAAAUGAUUCUUCAGUUACAAAAGUACCUGUUACAACUAAAGCAUCUACAAGUAAAGGAUCAAAACAACCUCAUUCCAUCAGUACUGUUCAGCCACCUGGUAAAUCUGAAAAUGGUCCAUCAUCACAGACAACAGAAUCAGUUGGAAAUGGCACAACCAAGGCCCAAGAUCAGUCUACAACUUUGAAACUUUCCACUGCUUCAGCUUCAACAAGGACUCCUCAGUCAACAACACAAAGCUCUGGGAGUACUCCACAUGUAACUGUAACUCCUCAGACAACACAUAAAGCUGUUACAGAUACAAAGAGUAAUACAUCGCUUACAACACAAAAACCAGAAAACAGUCCAUCUUCUACACAGAAGGCAGCCAGCACAACAAACAAUACAACAACAGCUCCAACACAGAAACCAGGCAAAACAUCUAAUCCAACACCAAAGCCAGGUACUUCAUCUACUCCAACACAGAAACCGGGCAGCAUAUCUACUCCAACACAGAAACCAGGCACUACAUCUACUCCAACACAGAAACCAGGCACUACAUCUACUCCAACACAGAAACCAGGCACUACAUCUAUUCCAACACAGAAACCAGGCAGCAUAUCUACUCCAACACAGAAACAAGACACUACAUCUACUCCAACACAGAAACCGGGCAGCAUAGCUACUCCAACACAGAAACCUGGCAACACAUCUACUCCAACAAAGAAACCAGGUAACACAUCAACUCCAACACAGAAACCAGGUAACACAUCUACUCCAACACAGACACCAGGCAGUACAUCUACCCCAACACAGAAACCAGACAAUACAGCUACUCCGACACAGACACCGACAGGACAGCAGUCAACAGCACAGCAGUCAACACAGAAACCAUCAACUGUACAAACAGCCAAACCAACACUACCACCAAGAGAUGAAUUUGUUUAUAUUAAUGAGAUAAUGUUGGACAAGAAUGGUGGAUUCCAGAAAGUAGAGCUAUUGUUAUCAAAGAAGUUGGAUGUCCAACACUAUACCAUGGUAAUGGUGGAUGGUCAGACAAACAAGAUAAUGUUGACUGUUUCUCUCAAGGAUAUGGUUAUACAGAAGAAUGGUCUUCUCCUUGUUGUCACAUUCAAUACUUCACAGACUUCGCCAAGUAUGAAGGAUAAAGGUACUGGUGUGGCAAUCUAUGAUACAAGCAGAACAAGCAUGAAAGGUGAUUGGACAGUGAGUGAGACUGGUCUAGUUGAUGCACUGGUGAUUGGGAAAACAUACAAGGGAGUUUCAGAGCAUCUUACAGAUAUUCUCACACCAGGGGUCAAUCCAUUCAUUCUUGACCCAAAUAAAUAUGGAAUGACCAAGACUAUCAGCCGUUGCUCAUCAGACCAGCUUAGAAGUACAGAUAUGUAUGCCCUUAUCAACCCAUCAUUUGGUGUGGACAACAGUAAGAAGUGCAGGGAACGACUAUUAACUAGCAGUGAUUUUGCUAUCAAGAUCAAAGGUGUAGAUUGUGAAUCUCUUCAAGACACAAAUGAAACUGCUAACAAAUUCCAGUUGACUGUGAAGAAAUUGAUACAUUAUAUUGUCAGAAAGAUGAACACAGAAUGCCAGUGUGGGGUUACAAGAAUGCAUAUAAUUGAUCCCACAAUACAUUGCUGUGAUGGUGCCAGUGUAGAUAUGAGAUUUGUCGCUCCCAACAAAGACCAGCUUACAGAGCUGAAAGACAGCUAUAUAUCAUUCCUAAAGAGGACACAGCAUGUAAAUGUAGAAAACCAUUUAUAUUCUGUGAACAACAAUUGCUAUGAAAAUUGCUGUAAUGUGACUAAACAUCCCAAUCCCAAACCUCAGGCAGCUGAUGAUACAGCUAAAAAUGUGAAGGUUACAGUUGCAGUGAUUGUGAGUUGUCUCAUUGUAUUCAUGAUCAUUGUAAUUGUUGUUAUAAUGUACAUGCGAAGGAAAAAGAGUGCAGUAUAUCAAUUCCGAAUGUCCAGAUUGGAUGAGGAAGAUGAUUUGGUUAUAGAUGGUCCAGAUCAGGAUGAUUUUGUUGGAGGUCAAGAGGCGACAUUUGAUGUCCAUAGUCGAUAUCAGUAGUCAUCGUCAGUAAAUAAAAGCUCAGGAGGUGUUUCCAUGACAACCAUAUAUCCUGUGAUAUUUAUAGUCCAUCCAUGACAAUCAUCCCACCGACGUUAAUAAUGUGAUAAAUAAUUUAUUUCUAAAUCAGUCUCUAGCUUGUUUCCUAUUCACGGAGGUUGCAAGUGUAUAACUAAUACUAGUGUCAUAGUGCAAAAUGAAUUUAUAGAAAAUGUUAUGGUCAUUUUUUUGUCUCCAGUUGUAUAAGAAGUCUACUGUUCAUAUCCUUGCUAUAGAUUCAUCAUAAAUGAAAUUCAAAUAUUGAAGAGUUUUAGAAGUGAUUGAUCAGGAAAUACAAUGUCAUGCCCCUUUUCUGAAAUAGAAUAUUUGUUAAUAAUACUUUAAAGAGGCAUGCCUCAAGAUGCAUAUUACAGUAUUAGAAUUAUUAAAAUAUUAUAGCAAUGUCUAUUUCUGAUAUUUCAUGGGUAUGAUAUAAAUUGUAUUCACGUUCUUUCUGCCAAACAUGUUAGUUUUUCUACAUAUUUGAAUUAUUAGAUAUAAAUUUCAAAUAUCUUAAGGUUAGAACUCACUAAAUUACUGUCCUCACUUUUAUUGACAGAUAAUUGUAAAGGGAAGUAAAUCUGGUAGAAUGAAGUAAAUCUGAGUUACUGUGUGACCCUUCAAAGAUGAGAUCAGGAUAAAGCUAUAUAUCUAGAUCCUUUCACUAAGAAUAUUUCAAUACUGUAUGUAGCUUUUUAACAUAAUAAUCAGUCAAUUGUUAUCUUGUUUGUAAAUAUUCCAAAAAAUUGUACCAUUAUUUCUGUUGCCGCAAAGUUUUUAUAUUAGGAGCAUUUUUGUUAUAUGUAAGAGAUGUUGUUUAAGUUCAGAACAAAGACAUUGUGAUAGACAGCUACUAAUUCUACUGUUUUAAUUUCAUGGGCAAAAAAUCUCCAAUGUAAACAUUUGCCCCUUGAAAACAUUUCAAUAUUCCAUGAAGCAUGUUGUUGUUAUGCUUGCUAAGAUAUUAUGAUGGUUUCAUUUGUAUCCAGUAACAAUUUAAGAGACAGAAUUGAAUCUGCAGAUAUUUACUAUUGAAAAUACUGUAGAUGGUAAAAUUCAGAACCAGUCUAGGAUAUCUUAAAAACCAUAAAGUUCCAGUAAUUCACCAUCAAAACUCUGUAAUGAUUUGUAGUAAAGGUGUUUUUGUUUUAUAUUUAAAGAAUGUUUAAAGAAAAAACCAUCGAUAUGGAAAAGUUGAAUGAACUGUUAGAUUUUUAGUAUUGCCUGGUAUGUAGAUUUAUGCUGGCUUGUGAAACCAGGUGCUCUACUUUUCUAGUCAUUAAAUUUUACUUUUGAAAAAAGUUCUAUUUUGGCUAAAUUGUUUAAUGCAUACAUAAAUAAUGAUUGUUUAAGAUAUUAAGCAAUUAGUGUUAGAUAAAUAGCAUUUGAGUGCAAAAUUAUAUACAGGAAUUUCAUGGUCAGUAAAUCUAUAUUCGGUUAUAAGCCUUUUAAUUUUUUCAUCACAAUUCUACAUACCAAAUAUUGCAAGAUACUAUCAUGUGAUUCGUUUAGACAUUUAUUAUGUAUUUUAUGGUUAAUAAAACUCUGACAUUUAUGAAUGAAGUGCACAGAAUGUUGUGAUGUUUCAAAGGGUUUCUGGGACAGCUUGUGUAUGAAAAGAACUGGAAUGACCGUCUUACCCUUUUUAUGAAUGUAGGAGGUCACUUAAUAGGAUUUUGAUUCCAUACCUCGUAUUUUUUAUUUUGAUGUAAAUGAAAUGUGUAACCAAAAAUGUUUAGUCCUGUUUGGUGCCAUAUAACCUGUACUUUUGGUGCACUGUAAUACCAAAAUAAGCAAUUUUUCAAAGUUGCAAACAUAGCGUUCAAAGUUGAAUUAUUAUCUGUUAGCAAAGUUAUGUAUCUUUUAUUAAGUAACUUUUUUAAUCAAAUACUACACUGUAAGGGACAGAACAGAACUACAUGUAUCAGAUGUAUUUGAUUUUUAUCAGGUUGUAAGUAAAAAUUGGAAAGUCACUACGCAAUGGUACAGACAAUGAUACAGCUUGGAUUUAAUUGUUCUUGUAGAUUAACCCUUAGCCUGCUGGCUGCGAUUGGUUUUGCCUUUGCGACCAGUGCAGACCAAGAUCAGCCUGCACAUCCGUGCAGGCUGAUCAUGGUCUGCACUGUUCGCUAUUCAGUUAGUAAAUUUUCAGUGAACACCCCUUCGAAUAAUAAAUGGUAUUGCCCAAACUGAAUGAUGGACCAGUCCAUUUUAGAAAUUUAGCAGGCUAAGGGUUAAUGCUUUAUUUAAAUUGUACAAAUAUAAAAAUUGCAAAAGAAAUAGUACUACUAUGCUUUCCUAACCAUUAUGAUAAUAUACAUCUUGUUUAUCUGCAUAUAAUCAAAAGUACAAUGAGAAGUAACUUGCUUUUUCUGGAAAUUGGUAUAUUGUUUAUAAGUGAUAUAUGUAUGUAAAUUACAUUUGCUGACGGGCGGAAAAUAUCAACGUAAUUAUGUGCUGUCAGUUGUCCAAACUGAUACACUGGUUGUUAUCCCCCGCCGAUGAAAUCGGGAGGGGGGUAUUGAAAUGGCGUUGUCCGUCCGUCAGUCCGUCCGUCCGUCCGUCCGCAGCCAUUUCUCAGUAACUACUUGGUAGAAUUUCAUGAAACUUGAAAUAAACAUGAACCAACAUACUGCGAUGAUGCCCGUCAAGUUUUUUUUUUUGAUUGGUCAAUUUCCCUCAGAGUUACUGCCCUUGAUUUUAAAAAAAAUGUCCGUCUGCAGCCAUUUCUCAGUAACUAACAGGUAGAAUUUCAUCAAAUUUGAAAUAGACAUGAACCAAGAUACUGUGCUGAUGCCUGUCAAGUUUUUUUUUUUGAUAGGUCAAUUUCCCUCAGAGUUAUUGCCCUUGAUUUAAUGAAAAAUGUCCGUCUGUAGCCAUUUCUCAGUAACUAGCAGGUAGAAUUUCAUCAAACUUAAAAUAGACAUGAACCAAGAUACUGCGACGAUGCCCUUCAUGUUUUUUUUUUCGAUUGGUCAAUUUUCCAUAUAGUUAUUGCCCUUUAAUUGUUUAAAAAUCCACAGAUCUGUACAUAACAAACCAACCAAUUGGAAAAAUUUCAUUCAACUUCUUUCAUUCUUUUCCAUGAACAUUUAUUAUAAACAUGUGAUGCUGUGUACCUGUACCUGGUCACCACCUUACCUUGGUCACCCCCCCCCCCAC